AUGUGUGGGAGAUAUGCACUAGCUCUGCGGCCAGACCAGAUCCGGCAGAGGCUUCGUGCCAACAACAUGCCGGUCUGGGAAGACCCAGAGGAUGACAUCUACGAGAUUGGCGAUGGUGCUGGUGGUGAAAAUAACAACGACGAGUCCGCACCCGCACCCGCACCCACACCCAGCCAAGGCCAACCCCGGCAGUCUUAUAACUUUGCGCCGGGCUAUUAUGGUGUCGUGUACCGGGCUGAUACGCCUGACUGGGGCGCAGGUCCGAGGAAAGGGGAAGAUGAGGACAAAGAUGAUAGCGAUCAGGAGCAAUCACCAUCUACUGAUCAGCCUCAUUACAAGCUCCAAGCCAUGAAAUGGGGCCUGAUCCCUUUCUGGACAAAACGCAAUCCGGACUACUCUUCCAUGAUGAAGACAAUCAACUGUCGGGACGACUCUUUGGCGGCCAAUGGUGGAAUGUGGAACACUAUGAAAGCGCGCAAACGAUGCAUCGUUAUUGCCGAGGGCUUUUAUGAGUGGCUGAAAGUUGGUCCAAAAGAACGGGUACCAUACUGCAUCAAACGAAAAGAUGGAGGCUUGCUACUUUUAGCAGGCCUCUGGGACUGCGUCAAAUACGAGAAUGAUGAUCGAAAACACUACACAUAUACCAUCAUUACAACCGACUCCAACAAGUCACUCAAGUUCCUGCAUGACAGGAUGCCCGUGAUCUUGGAACCCGCAUCUGAUGAUCUUAACACCUGGCUGAAUCCAAAGAGGCAUGAGUGGAACAAGGAGCUGCAGUCUAUUCUUAAACCAUGGGAUGGCGAUUUGGAGAUAUACGCUGUCAGCAAAGAUGUAAAUAAGGUUGGAAACAGCUCGUCUUCCUUCAUUGUGCCAGUGGCAAGCAAGGAAAACAAAAACAACAUUGCCAACUUCUUCGCCAAUGCCUCUGGCGCAAAGAAGGACGCUACCAAGGGGGCAGCCGAUACAAAGGCAGAGACCAAAUCACCGAAACCCAAUUCGAGCCAGCUGGAAAAUCAGAAAGGUCUAUCGACGACGAGCACCAAGACACCAGUCAAGCGACCUGCUGAUGUUGGUCCUCUGAAUCCGGAUGAGGAACCACCACAAAAAAAGCAAGCCACGAUACAAACAUCAUCGCCGACCAAAAAGUCGACGGCACCUGAGCCUCGAAAGACCAUUAGCGCGACCAGCAACAGAGGAAAACGGAGUCCUACCAAGAGCAAGGUUGAUUCUGCAGGAACGCAGAAAAUUACCAAGUUUUUCUCCAAGUGA